GCACGGCCGGAGGAAUCUCCGUAAUGAUGGCGGCGCCGCCGGAGCCGGAGAGCUUGGAGUCUCGUAUCAACAAAGCUACAAACCCCUUGAACAGAGACGCAGACUGGGACAGCAUCCAAGCCUUCUGUGAUCAGCUCAAUAAUGAAUUGGAGGGUCCUCAGCUGGCCACCAGGCUUUUGGCGCACAAGAUCCAGUCGCCCCAGGAAUGGGAAGCCAUGCAGGCACUCAUGGUUCUGGAGACCUGCAUGAAGAAUUGUGGGAAGAGGUUUCACAGUGAGGUGGGCAAGUUUCGCUUCCUCAACGAGCUCAUCAAGGUGGUGUCUCCAAAGUACCUGGGCACCCGGGCCCCGGAACAGGUGAAGAGGAAGGUGCUGGAGCUGAUGUACAGCUGGACAGUGGGGCUGCCAGAUGAGACCAAGAUAGCCGACGCCUACCAGAUGCUUAAGAAACAGGGUAUUGUAAAACAGGACCCAAUCCUCCCUGAUGACAAACUCCUCCCACCACCCCCUCCCAGACCCAAAAACGCCAUCUUUGAGGAUGAGGAGAAGUCAAAGAUGCUGUCUCGUCUGUUGAAUAGCACUCAUCCUGAAGACCUGAGAGCGGCCAAUAAACUCAUCAAAGAGAUGGUUCAGGAGGAUCAGAGGCGCAUGGAGAAAGUGUCGAAGCGAGUGAACGCCAUUCGGGAGGUGAAGGACUGUGUGAACCUGCUGACACAGCUCCUAGGGGACUAUGACAAAGAGACCUGCUCCCCGAGCAACGAGGAGCUCAUCAAGGAUCUGUACCAGCGCUGUGAGAAGCUGAGACCCACGCUGUUCAGGCUGGCCAGCGACACGGAGGACAAUGACGAGGCCCUGGCGGAGAUCCUGCAGGCCAACGACAGCCUGACUCAGAUCAUCAACCUGUACAGGCAGCAGGUGAAGGGGGAAGAGGUGAAUGGGGACAGCGCUGCCACUUCCAUUCUUAAAGGCAGUAGCACUGCCCUGCUGGACUUGACGGGAUUGGACACCGCCUGUCCAGCGCUGCCUUCUUACCCAGAAUUCCCAACUCUAAAAGACGGCCAACAGGCUCCAUCUCAAGAGGCAACAAUAAGCCUUCUUGACGAUGAGCUCAUGUCGCUAGGUCUGAAUGAGGUCACCCCCAAUCCUAGCUCUUCUUCCCAGACAGGUGAUAGUACUGCCUGGAACAGUUUUCAGUCCUCUGACAGCCUGGACACAGCCAUCCAAUCAGCACCGGGUACUUUGUUGAAGCCGGCUGUGACCUCACACUCACAGACUCCGCCCUCUGGAGCCCCACAGGGCAACACUGCUCUGGAGGAGCUGGACCUGCUGGGGAAAACUCUGUUGCAGCAGUCCCUGCCUCCUGAGAACCUGCAGGUCAAAUGGGACAAACAGCAGCCCCAGUCCAAACCCACAUUGCGGGAUCUCCAGCACAAAUCCAGCACAAGCGCCAGCGCCAGCCCCGUCCCGGCCUUCUCCACAGAGCAUCCUGGGACUCUCCUCAACUCCCAGCCCAGCCUUGGAGCUCCCAACCUGGGAACAUCUCUUGCUUCAGCUCCCACAUCUGAAAUCUCACUGGCUAAUGUCACUGUACCCCUGGAGUCCAUAAAGCCCAGCAGCUUGUUGCCAGUGACAGUGUUUGACAGACACAGUUUGCGGGUCCUGUUCCACUUCGCGCGGGACUCGCCCCCGUCUCGCCCCGACGUGCUGGUGGUAGUCAUCUCCAUGCUCUCCUCCGCCCCUGUUCCUAUCACCAACAUUCGCUUCCAGGCAGCAGUUCCCAAGGUGAUGAAAGUAAAGCUGCAGCCUCCCUCGGGAACUGAGCUCCCAGCCUUCAACCCCAUCUUGCCCCCGACAGCCGUCACUCAGGUCCUGCUGCUGGCCAACCCUCACAAGGAGAAGGCACGUGUGCGGUACAAGCUUACCUUCACACUAGGUGAGGAAAAUCAUGACGAAACGGGGGACGUGGAUCAGUUCCCCUCCCCAGAGACCUGGGGGAAUCUCUAGGGGGACCAUCUUUUGAACUGACCUUCCACUCUGCGUCCUUCUCCAAAAUCACCCUCCCAGCUACCACAAUGGCAAUCUCCUCUCAUCUCUGCUAACCCACUUUUUCCUCUAAACAAAUAUUUCUUUUUGGCUGCCAUUCCAAUAGAUCUGAGGGUUAUACAGUCAAAAUCCCCUUUCCCAUGAAUUUUAAUACAUUGUGAUAAUGCCCUCAGUAAGAAGUUAAACCAUUACAGUGAUUGUUGCGAACAAGCCGGCACUUUUAAAUGUAACCUGUCUGUGUGACUGCCAGUCCCUGUACUGUUUUAGAGUAUAGUGUAGUACUAUAUUCUAAAAUAGUAUUGUUGUCUUGUCUUUAGGUUUAGUACUGUGUUGGAUACGUUGUUGUGUGUGUCAUCAGUAUGGCCUUGGAGAGCCGGGGAGAGAGGGUGUCCUAAAGGGGACAUAACCAGUUUGAUGAACACAGAUUCUCCCUCAUAAGUAACACUAACAGAUCAAAUUCUUGGAAUACAUUUCUGCCCAGGCCCAUAUAUCUUGAUUUAACUAACUUGCAAUAGUUUUCCCAUUUGGUGUUCCUGGCAUCUGAUUUCUUCUAAAGAAUAUUCUGAAAAUCAAGAAUUCCCAACCUGCCUACCCCUGAUUUAGGACUUACUUAAUCUGCCGUAUGUGCCUACUUUGACCAGUCUCAUUUUGUCUUUCUGUAUUUAAAGUGUGGCAUUACUUUGUGUGUCUUUUGAGUUUUCAGCUGUAGUUGUAGGAAACUCAGUUAAGUGAUCUUCGUUUUCGGGGGUUUUGCACUUGGUGGCUAAAACUGAAAUGAAUUGGAGUUUUGGGGGAAAUAAAUCACAGUCUCAUGUUUUUAAAACCUCUUGGUAAAAUGAAUGCACAAAUGGAUAUAGGAUUCAGUACAGCAAGUGGCAUUAAGCUGACUUUCCUUUGGCAUUUAUUUUUUCCUUCUUUACCAACCCCCUUUUCAGAAUCCCUUCCUUGUCUCAAAACGUCGUUACCAUGUAGCAAUCAAACCCAUCAAGACUAAAGCGCUUACUCUGCAAAACCUCCACCCUGUGUGUGCCUACAGGGUCUGAAUUGGACUUGAUCAGUACAUGCACCCCAUCACUCAGUGUUGCAGCCCCCUAAGCACAUUCCAUCCCCAUUUCCCAGCUCUGUCCUUUGUAAAUAGUGUCUGUAUUGGAAGUAUGUACAUUUGACAAAGAAAACUAUGGUGGGGAACAGGAAAAAAAUAUG